AUGUCUAAAGAAGUAAUUAAGUGAGUUUGAUUAUAGCAAAAAUUAAAAAGGUUUCAUUAAGUAUCAGAGUCAUUAGAUUAGUUCGAUUUGGUUGAAUAGAAUGAAUUUGCUGUUCCGAAUAUCUAAUAGUAAUAGAAAUUUCUAAUUAGAUUUUCACAAGAAUGUUAUGAUGCUUUUGAAAAGGCAUACUCAAAAGAUUAGCCAAGGUCGAUAGAAAAAAUUAGUGAGGAUAAUCGCAAAUUUUUAAUUUUAAAUAAAGACACUGGACUUCAGAUUGAUUGUAGGAAUUUAGAAAAUUUUGAAGUUCCAGUUUUUGAUUUAAAGGAAGUGGCUUGGAAAAAUUAUUGGAAGUAGAGUAGAGAAAUUAGUGAGUAAUUACUCCAUCAUGUACAGCAAAAUGACAAGGAUAAAGUCUUUGAAUUACUGAGUAAUCCUUGUAUCUACAUUGAUAUUAACAUUAAGUAUUAAUAUAUAAUAUCUAAAGAGAUUUAGAUGACUGGACUCCAUUACAUUUUGCUUGUUAAUAUAACAAUUUAGAAAUAGUUUAAUUUUUACUAAAAUAAGAAGCCAACCCAAAGUCAUUAUCUUUAGAUAAAAAAUCUCCAUUGCAUAUUGCAUCGAUAAAGAAUACCUAUGAGAUUUGUGAACUAUUGAUAAAUUAUGGAGCUAAUUUAGAUGAACAAGAUUCAGACUUAAAUACUCCUUUACACAUAGCCUCUAAGUAUGGAAAUGAUAAAGUUUGUUAAAUCUUAUUAGAGAAAAAUGCAAAUCAUGAAUAAAAAAAUAAUUAGAAUUUAACUCCUAUAGAAUUGGCUUCAGAUAUUAAUAUUAUUGAGGUGUUUAAUAGAUAUGGAAUAUCUUUAAAUAAUUUUACUUAUACUAGAACAGUAAUAAAAGAAUAGAAUUUAAUAUUACAAAAUAGUAGGAGAGAUCAUGUAGAAAGAUUAUUAAAAUUAACAUAAAGAAGAUCUAAAAAACAAUUAUCUAAUGCUGCUGAACCUUUGGACAAUAACGAAUAAAGGAUAUCGAUUAUUACAAGUGACACUAGAUCUACUUGGAAUAAGAUUGUGAAUUUUGCUGUAUCAUUUUAUAGAGUUUCAAUAAAGGGAAACAAUUUAAAUACAAUUUUAGAAAUUGAAUAGAAUAGAUUAGGACCAUAAUCAUUUUAAUUUUAUUAAAAAUUAGGAGAAGGGGGAUUUGGUGAGGUAUAUUUAGUUGAAAAGAUUGGUUAAUUGCCAAAAAAAUAUUAUGCAAUGAAGAUUUUAAAAAAAGAAGAUAUCAAUACAUCAAAUAUAAUAAAGUCUGCUUAAAUUGAGAAAGAUGUUUUAAAAAUGAUGAAUCAUCCAUUUAUAGUAAAAUUAAAUUGGGCAUUUUAAACAUCAGAUCAUUUAUAUUUAGUAAUGGAUUUAUGUCCAGGAGGAGAUUUAGCUACUCAUUUAGAGUUAUUAAACUCAUAUCCUGAAAAUAUUGUCAAGAUAUUUGCAGCAGAGAUUACAUUAGCUCUUGAAGCAUUGCAUUCUUAAGGAAUUAUAUUUAGAGACCUUAAACCUGAAAAUAUUGUUUUAGAUGCUAAUGGUCAUGCUUUGUUGACUGAUUUUGGAUUAUCUAAGUCAGGAAUAGAUGAGGAAAUUCUAAAUCAAUCUUUUUGUGGAACUUUGGCCUAUCUAGCUCCAGAAAUGUUAAUGAAAAAAGGUCAUGGUAGAUAGGUUGAUUGGUAUAUGUUAGGAAUUCUUAUUUAUGAAUUACUAGUAGGAGCUCCUCCUUAUUAUGAUUCAGAAAAAGAAGUUCUCAAAGAAAAUAUUAAAAAGGCUCCUUUAAGAAUUCCAAAGUUCUUAAGUGAAGAAGCCAAGGAUAUUAUAAUAAAAUUAUUAAUUAGAAAUCCUAAAAAAAGAUUAGGAUGUAAAGAGGAUGCAAAAGAAAUAAAAUGUCAUCCUUGGUUCAAUGAUAUUGAUUGGUAGGAUUGUUAUAAUAAAAAAUUAAAACCUCCUAAGCCUCUUAUUUAUCAUGAACCAAAAGAUCCAAGAAAAAUUACUUUUAGCAAAAUCAGUAUGAAAAAUAAAUUGGAGGAUUGGUCUUUUUUUGAAAAUUGA